GUUCAUGGUUUCUUAAUACGAGACUAGGGGGAGCAAUACGCUGGUGAAGUCCUCUCAUAUAGAAUUCUCCGCAAUUUACUUUUCCUGCUUGUUUUCCUAUGUAGUUUUUUUUUUAGUUUUAAACACAAAACCGUUUGCUAAAUAACAAUUUAAGCGAUUGAAAGUAGGGGUACAUGGACCAGCCCAGGUUUGACAAUUAAAACGCUUGCCCUAUACUGCACCUAGCUAGAGUAUAUACUUGGGCUCUAGUCUGGAUUUCUUUUGCGGUGUAGUAGUAGCGAGUCAGUAAAAUACAACAUUUGGUAUGUGUGAUUGUGUAUGUCACAUCAGCUAAAAACUGAGACAAAACAAUCUCAACUAAAAUCUGAAAUAUAACAAUCACUCAUUUUGAGUGUGAUACGCCUCUGGGGGGGUGUAUGUUAUCAAAGUAACGCAGCAAACGACUCAAUCGAAGAAUCGAUUGAGCUCGAAUCAAGAACGAAGCGUUCUUAAUACGAACUUGGGAUAAAACGGAACCAAAAGGACAAAUCCACACCUGGGGAUAGCUCGAUUGGUAUAAAAGGGUAGUUGCUCGACCACGAUUGAAGUGACUAUUCAAUCGAUACACAAGCUCAGCAAGUUUGGAAUCCACCAAACCCAAAACAAGUCGCAACUUGCACAAACCAAACGGUUUCGAUUUCUAUUCAACAAAGUCUUAGUUUUACAACGAAAGUAGACAGGUAUUUAAAGGCAAAUAAACCUAAUACAAACCUAAUAGAAGUAGGAAACAAUUAAGGUAAAAAUAUACUCUAAAAAGGACUCAAAAUUCGGAUUUAAAACUCUCUUUCUUCAAGUGCAAGUAAGCUGCCAGCAAACAGUCCAAAAGCAGCUUUCGUACUAACUUCGCGCCUUUUGUUCAAGGCUUUCCGGAACUUCAAUCUUUCAUCCAAUUCCUUCCCUUGGUAUAUAAACAUACCUAGUUUCAUGUUGUAGAAGCCUUUGGUCUCGAAUCAGAUCCAUGCUCCUUGAACUGAGCUCCAAAGUAGGCUUCACAAAACAGUUUCCAGACUUAACCAUUUUCUGGCAGUUUUCCAGUUUUGAGGUAGCAACUUUGAGGCUUUGGAAAACAACCUUAAUGACAUCAUCUGGAUCCAUAAAGCAUACCAUUGGAAAGAUGGUAACUUUACCUGCAAAACAAACCCUUAAAACGGAAUUUCCACCAAGCCAAUUGCGAGAACCAUGCCUCCAAAGUAUGUACCUUGAUACUGUUCCAACACUUAACCAAAUUCUGCCCUUCUUCUUCCCAACUUUGAUAGCUUCUUCGGCAAGUAAUAAAAACAUGUAGAGUUGGCCAUUUGGGAUCAUAUCAGAGUGAUAGUUUCUGUUACAUCACAUAAAUUGCUAAAACAUAAUAAAAAAAUGAUGAAUUAUAAACAAUACAUGUAUAAUAACAAUCUCACAAAACAACCGCAACUACCAAACCAUCCUUAACUUAUGGGACAUUAUUGGGAAGAUACGUGAAUAGGGGUACUAUUUCAUAAUUUUACUACACCCGUUCUCGUUUCGUUUCCUUUCAUUCUCCCCUGCGCGUGACUGGUAGGACUAUGGCCAUUCUUGUUUUGAAGUAACAGUUUUAUAUCUCUCAUUCCGCGCCAAAGAAGUAAAAGAAGUUCACGGAAGUUGAUCUCAGGGAAGGAGGAAGAUAAGGAGAAUAAUGGCGCUCCUGUGCUUCGUCCUGGAUCUUCGAGGCCUAUCCCCUUCCUUGCUUGCUGACCUAAAGCAGUGUUUGUUGCAGCUAGCUAAUUACUACGCCGUUUCAUCUUCGCGGCGGAAGCCGGUCGGCGCCGGAGACAGGAUUGGAUUGUGCUACGUCUUCGAGGACCGGAGUUCCUCUUCAGUUGAGCUCAAAGUCGCGUACAGUCCUCAAGGAGACUUCAGUCUCCGUGAUUUCCACCACGCCGUUGACAACUUGCCGGCGGAAUGUUGUCUUCCGGAGAUCGGCGAUUCCGGGGAUCUAUGUUGUCGAGUGGAUAUGAAGCUUUCGAGUGUUCUGAAUGAUCAAGUACUUUAUUCCUGGGGAGGUAGAGAUGUCAAGAAGAAAUUGAUUGUUUUGAGCUCGUAUUUGCCUCUAAAGAUAGAGGAGGUUGAUAAGAAGCUUCUUAUGGACGCUGCAGAUCAUGGUGUAACUGUGGAGUUUGCCUUCAUUAAGCAAAUUUCAAGUCUCAGCAAUGAGAUGGAGAACACGAGCAGCUUCAUGGAAGGCUUAUCUCAUCUUCGCAAUUGUUCCGUGGAAAGUCAUAUUCCAGGUGGUGGAAUGUUCAAUGGCCUGACAAAGCGCUGGUUAAUUGAUCUAAGAGACGAAAGGGAAGAGCCCUUGCUGGCUCGUUUUAACUUUAGAGAUAGCCUAGUAGGAGAUCAGAAUCAGAUACUCUGUUGCCUGUCCAUCACCGUCAAUCAAAUUGUGGAUGAUUUCAGUACUUGCCAGACAUGCAGGUGUCAUGGCAGUCUAUUACCCCAUGCGGCAAAGGAGAGAGCUGAGAUACUUUCUUGUCCAUUCACUGAGAAUGUUCUUGGAGCAUCUGAUGUUGUCGAGAAUUCUGUUAGAAUUGGCGAGAGAACAAUACUGUAUAUGCCCUCUUCCCAUAGCUCUAUAAAGCUGCAACGAGUGUCUAACCCCAUUGAAUUCAACAUCAUUGAGAGAACCAACCUAAGCUCUUUAAGUGAAGGUGUCGUUAUUGGCUCGUCUUACGUUGUAACGCCGACAGACUAUCAUACAAUAGGGAUUUCCAGUAAUGAAGAUAUGACAAAACUGAAUGCUCAAGUUUUCAGAGGAAUAUGCCGUGCUUUGUACUCAAUGGACCAAGGCUUGGUAUGCUCUUCAAAUGGCAAUCUAGAUACUAUGUUGGGAGCAGCUUUCAACUGUUUUUACAUUCUCCAGCCUUCAGACAAUGGGCCGAUGCUUCUGAGGCGUCUGUUAGGCUCAGAAGAAAUUUUGCCUAUACCUGUUGUCAAUCGAAUUGCUAGUCCGUCAAUCCCUCAGGAGAUUCAAAGUUCCAUUCAUGCCGUGUUGUUGAAGAUGGAAUUAAGUGACUAUAAUCCUCUCCUGCACGAGAGAGGCUUCCAUCAGAAGCUGAAUUCGCUUGUAAAACAGAGCCUACAGUUCGGGUCAAUCCCAGCAAAGUUGGAUGCAGCACCUAGUCUGUUGGCAGAUUCAUCAGAGGUGGUUGACUUAUCAGACGGGGAGCUGGAGGCCAUAGUCUUGGAAGAGGAAAACCUGCUGAAGAUGGAUGUAGCAGCAGGGAGAGAGGAGAAAAGCAGCAGUCCUACGAUUUCGGAAGAAUGGGAACAGUUGGUGGUCGUGCAUGAAUCCCCCAAUGUACAUUCUUCCACCAGUUGUAUCUCGAAACCAAGAUCCAACGAGUCAGUCCUGUCUCCUCCAGCAACAACAGCAGAUGGCAGCAAGCAGGUGGAUGCGAAAACUUGGAGGAUAUUGGAGAGGCUGGAAUUGCCUAGACAGUUAAAAGCAAAGGCAGUUUCUCCAACUGUCGCAACCACCAGCAGCAGCAGCAGCAAUGUCUCGGAGAUAUCAUUGCCAAUGAAGAGGCCGCUCAUUCCUUUCCAGCCUUCCCAAGCAGCUGAGCAACCCUCGAGUUCAACCCAGUUGAUGAAACCCUUCUUCCAAAGACCAAAGAGGAAGCUCAGAAAAACAUGAGAGAUGGAUCCCUACCGGCCAGGUCAGCAUGUUUUCUGCUUUAACCUUUCAGAACGUUUACUUUUCGAGAGAACCAGUAGGUAGCCUGAAGUUGUUCUUCGUUUCUUUCUUUUUUACUGGGGAUUUACACACGUAUAGAGGAUUCUAGGGGUCGUUUGGAAUGAGGGAUUUGUCUCAAAUCCCUUAUUCUGCCGGAUUUUAUCACAUUCACUCGUUUGGAAAGGGAUGUUACACAUUCCUGAUUCCGAAUCCUACGGACUCCACUUGAGUGGGAAUGUCAAAUCACAAGGAUUGAAAACCACUGACAUGGUUAGAACUUUUAAGUAAACAAAAUAUCUUUGAUUUAGAUCAAUAGAUAGUUAACUGAUUAAUCAUUUCACAGAUAAUUACAACAACAGAGGGGACCAGUAACACGCCCUUCUCACAUCUAUAGAUAAAAAGGGGAUAUAAAGCAGGAAAGUGGGAAAAACCAGACUAGUAAAAGGGGAAGAAGCAUAAAACUGAUGAGCAGGA